GCGGACUCCAGUGAGCAUCCCGUAGCUCCCAGCGCCUACCCUGCCGGCCCUCCGAUGGCUCCCCCUGUCCGUCUGGUCCUGCUUCUUGCCGUCCUGCUCAGCCUGGUGGAGACUCCUGCCUCUGUGCCUGUCCGCCAGGGACGAAGAGGCUGGACCCUCAACAGCGUGGGCUACCUGCUGGGUCCCCUGCUCCACCUUCCCCAGAGCGCGGACCACGGCAGGAAGGAGAAGACAGCCCUGGAAGUCCUAGACCUGUGGAAGGCCCUUGAUGGGCUCCCCCAUCCCCGCCCUCGGCAGGUCUCCAAGAAGAGCCUGAGGGAGAACUCUGCCAAACAAGAGACUGCAGAUCUGGGCCAGUUCAUUGAGAAAGCCCCCAGGUCCUAGAGAUCUCCAGACCUCUACUCCGU